AUGAAAAGAUUCCUUAAAUUAAAUUUGAACAUUGACAAAAAGAUUACUUAUGAAUAAUCACAUAGAAAGUGCUUUUUUUAAAGAGAUUAUGUUAAAAUGGAAUGGAUGUAAUCUAAACUUCCUAAAAUGCCAUCAGAGUUUGAAAUUGUUUAGAUUGUCAUUAUGUAAAAUAAAAAGAAUACAAAGAAAGCAUAUACAAUCAUGAUGCAUGAGAAUAUUAUAAUUAAAUAAAAGAAAGAUGUAAAUAAUUACAUUAUUUUAGGGCUCUUUGUGUUGGAUUGACUAUGAAAACUCAAUUUUGGAUUUUAUCAAUGACCCAGAAUAUGGUGAUGGAAUAAAAUUACAAAAAUGUUUUGAUGAGAUAGAAAUUUAUGGAGAAUUAGAAAAAAUGCUUCCAUUACUUAAGAGAUAUACAAUCUAAUUAGAAUUUACUUAAUAAUAUCAUUUUUUAAAGAAGAUUAAUUCUUGUGAUAAAACUGAGGUAAUAAAUUUAAUUUAUAAUAAUUAGGUCUUUAGAAUAAGGUCUAAAAAAGAUAGAAAUGAUUAUUAAUGUAAAAUAUUUUAUAAAUAACUUCUCAAUUUUACUACAGAAAAAUAAAUAGAAAAAGAAAUAUAUAUUUUAAGAAGAAUAAAUGAUGAAAAUAUUUAAAAAUAUUUUGAAACUUUUGAAAAUUAAGAAUAAAUAAUAAUAGUAGAAGAAUUGAUUAUAGGUGGGAAUUUCGAUAGUUAUUUAUAAAAAUGGCCAUUAUUGUCAGAGGAAAAGGCAUCUAAAUUUUUUUUUAAAUUAAUUAAAAGUCUUGCAUACCUUCAUUCGAAAGGGAUAAUGCAUAGAGAUUUAAAACCAGAAAAUAUUGGAUUAAGAUUAAAUGGGAAUCUUGAAAAUCCUUGCAUUUGUUAUUUUGGAUUAGCAGAUAUAGUUAGUCUAGAAAAUGAUUCAGAUGAAGAAAAUGAGACUCCUAGAUAUUUAUUUUAAAGAUGUGGUACUCCUGGAUUUGUAGCUCCAGAAAUUUUAAAGAAUUAAUAAUAUGAUUGCAAAGUAGAUGUAUAUAGUUUAGGAAUAAUGAUGUAUUAUUCUUUAACAGGAAAAAAACCUUUCGAUUCAGAAGAUUAUUAAUAAUUAUUAGAAAGGAAUGAAGAAGGAUAAGUUGAUAUUUCAAUUUUAAAAUUAAGUAUGGAAGGAUUGAUGCUCAUUUAAAGCAUUCUUAAAUCUGAUCCAGAUGAAAGAAUUUCAGCUUAAGUUGCUUUAAAUCAUAUUUGGUUUAAAACAGAAAAACUUUCAAAGUUGAUGGAAUUCAAAGCUCACAAAAAUAUCAAAAAAAUUUAAUUUAAAAGUCUUUAAUACCGUAAAAGUAAUCAAAACUCCCCUAAAUUAUUACCAAUAGUUCUUUCGAAAUAAAAAAUUGAUUAAACUUGUGGUAGUCCUGCUUAACGUUAAUUUUCGAAUGUUUAAAGAAAUUCUACUAAUCAUAAUCAUCAUUCAAUUUUUCGUAUUACUACAUUGAAUGGUAGUUUUAGUCCAAAAGAAGGUUUUUCAUUUUCAUAAUACUUAUAUCAUAACGGAAGACCAUGCGAUAUCUCACCAUCAAUAUUUGCAAAAACUUAGAGACCUUAAUAAUCGAUAUCCAUUUUAAUGCCAAAUAUUUUCCAAAAAAAAAUAGAAUAUUAGUGA